AUGGUCCUUGAAACGAAUAAAAAACUUGACUCAGUGUUAGAAAAAUUGAAUAAGCUGGACAAAAUUGAGUCGGAGUUAGACAAAAUUAACAAGGACAUUUCAAAAAUAGACAACAGGAUGUUAUCUCUUGAAAAAGUCUCUGGGCAACAAGGUGAUUCUCUGAACUUCAUGGCCCAGCAGAUUGAAGAUCUCAACAAAGUAAGAAAAACUGUAGAUGUUGAAAACCUGGGCAAAGAAAUGAAACGACAAGAGAAAAUGAUUGAACUCAUGAGCCGGAAUCUAGAGAACAUAAGGCGAGAUCGCGACGAGAUGAGUGACCAAGUUAGCGAUCUACAAUGGAGGUCUAUGAAAAGCAAUCUUGUGUUCUCGGGCCUAGGGGGUGAAACUAACAAUGAAGACAAUGAAGCAAAGCUACGAGAUUUCCUACAGUAUGAAUUAGGAAUUGGGCAUUAUAUUCAGUUCGGAAACGUGCAUCGAUUUGGUAAGCACAUCAGGGGAAAAAAUCGCCCGAUUGUGGCACGAUUUCUUUACAACAAAGAACGGGAUAUGGUAAAGGACCGAGGCUACAUGCUGAAAAAUAAACCAUACGGGAUACGGGAGCAAUUUCCAGCUAAAAUAGAAGAUCGUAGAAAACAACUUCUACCUGAAGUAAAAAGAUUACGAGAGGAGGGCAAUCGUGUAAAACUUGUACGUGACAAACUCAUAGUAAACGGUGAGCUUUACAACCCGUGUGACGGUGGAGAAGAUUUCAUGGAUUACGAAGUACAGUUAAGUGCUCAGGGUACAGGUGAGAGUGAUCGCGUCAAUUCAAGUGUGGCAGUCAAUGACAAUCAAGCCAGAUAG